GUGAACGAAACUUCUGUGGACAUCAUGGAGCAGCUCAGAAGUGUUUCGACGCUGAACAUGAGCGAAUUGGCGGAGCUCAUCAGCGGUUUGGUGCAGCUCUUGCAAGUGCCGCUUUGCUGGCAUUUUGGGGCGCCAAGAAUCCUGUGGCCAAUUGUGAUGCUGAUGUCAGCUCUUCUGACAGGACGAGGGACAGCUCUGCCCUGGACAGAAGGAGUGACCACUACGAAGCACAGAGCUCCGGUGAUGAUUCAAGCAAUGCUGCGAGACCUUUCCAUCAGAAGGGAACACUCCCACCAGAUGUUUCUCACUCCGGCCAAUCAGUGAAUGACAUUGGUGCAGCGAGAGACUUCUCUGUUGACUGGCCACGUUUCUCUGCCAUGCAAGUGGACAGAGAUGGGUUUUUCCAAAGACAACAAGACGUCUCCCCUUCUGAGCUUCCUCCCAGCAUUGCAAACCCCAUCUCCACAAACCCUGCCACCAGAACAACUUCAGAUAGAGAUUCAUCUAGCCAAACAGAGCAGCAGUUCGCUGCAGUCAACAUGAACAUCGCAAGCGGUGGUUCUCCAGAUCUCUCACUCAGCGCCUCCUCCAGCAGCAAAAGCGAUCCCCCUUGGGCUGACGAGGUUUCCCACGCUCGCCAAGGGUUAGCGAAGCGGUUAGCCAACCUUGAGCCGGGCAACACUAAGGGAGUCCCGUGGCCAAUCAUCAGCAAGAAAGGGCAGCAGGUGGCAGUCAGGUUCAAGCUGGCCCCAAGCGCAGACUUUUCUCAUUUCAUGGUGGAUGCGGUAACUAGGCUGGGGGAAGAUCCGCACGCGGGGGCGCCGAGCUCGGGGCCGUUGGUCAGAGUGCAGGCGUAUGACAGUCCCGUCGCUCGUCACAUCCUCAUCCUCCCUUCCCUCCAGAGCCCCCCAGCCUCAAACGAGAGCCAGACCUCUCCAGACACGAACCAGCUCGCCGCCGCCACCCCUCCAUCUCCCCUUAACACUUCCGUUUCCGACCAGUCAAAUCAGCCCUCUGCGGCAUCGAACAGUGUCAGCAUUGUCAUCUUCCAGAGCCUGGUCGGCGACCCAACCACCGAAGUGGAAUACAUGCGCCGGGGGAGGUUCACAGAACGGGAGCUCGACGCCAUCGCAAACGGGGUCAAGAUCGGGAUCGGCAAGCCGGAAGGGAAGCGCGACGAAAAACCUUUACGAAGUUCUGAGCCCAACGAGCAAGUCGCGAGAGAGAAGCGGAAAACCAGGGGGCGCGUCGCGGCAGCGUUGUCGAAGCUCGAGUCGAUGGGUGUGAUUGUGUAUGGGGCGGAGACGUUGUCGGAAGAAGAUGGGGAAGAGAAACCCGCGAACUCUGAGGGUGCCACGUGGGGCCAUCUGGCGGGAUAUGAGGAACAGAAGCAAGAGAUCGAGGAUACUAUUCUGUUGGCGUUGCAGCGGCCGGAGGUGUACGACCGCAUUGCGCGGGGGACGCGACGGGAGUACGAGUCGAACCGGCCGCGCGCAAUCCUGUUUGACGGGCCGCCAGGGACCGGCAAGACUUCGACCGCCCGAGUGAUCGCCGGUCGCGCUGGCGUCCCUCUCCUGUACGUCCCCCUGGAAGCGGUCGCCUCGAAGUACUACGGCGAGAGCGAGCGGCUGCUGGCGGCAGUCUUCAACGCGGGGAAAGACUUCCCCCACGGCUGCCUUGUGUUUCUGGACGAGAUCGAUGCGCUAGCAACGGAACGGGACUCGGGCAUGCACGAGGCGACGCGGCGAGUGCUCUCGGUGCUCCUGCGGCAGUUGGACGGGUUCGAGCCGGACCGGAGGACGAUCGUCAUCGCCGCUACGAAUCGAAAGGAGGACCUAGAUGCAGCGCUCUUGAGCCGCUUCGACACGGCGCUCACUUUCGGCCUUCCGGACUUCAGGACUCGGCAGGAGAUCUUCGCGCAAUACGCUCAGCACUUGUCGGCGUCCGACCGGGAAGCGGUGGCGGCGGCGACCGAGAGCAUGUCGGGGCGGGACAUCCGCGACAUCUGCGAGCAGGCGGAGCGGCACUGGGCGUCCAAGGUGAUACGAGCGCAAGUCCCCCAGGAGUUGCCAACGCUGGAAGAGUACCUGCGGUGUUGCAAAGCGCGGAGACAGACCGUGGCCAAAGCGGAGCCGCCGAAGAGUCGCCCACAGAACCGUAGCGAGCUAGCCCAACAGUUUGCGUGAGAGCAUCCGGCAGACCGCUCUGCCCGGCAUACUUCGUACUUACUUGAGAUUCGACUGGCGUCGCACGAUUCAGGUUUGAGGCCGCUGCACCAUGUAGUAUUUCUUCAGUGUGCGUGGGAGAUCCUUAUAUGACAGUUUAGUUCACG